GGGCCCUCUUCAAACGAAGAAAUGACGCUCCUUUACAUGAACUUCUUCUCAUUGCUGCUGAUUCUUCAUACAACAUCGAUGGUGGUGGACGUUGCUGCCAUUGAGUCUACGAACAUCGAUAACAACCAAAAAGUUCGCAAUUCCUGCAUGUCCGUGGCACUCCAUGAUUUCUACUCCAUCGCAAGCAAUGCACAGCAACCGUCGAAAAGAUCGUGUGAUUAUCAGAGCCAUGAUACCGGAGCUACCUCUAACGGUGUUCUAUGGUUGGAAGGAUCCACGAAAAUUUCUAGAGAUAAAUUGACCAGUAAGAAACUAAGGAUUGGUGUACCUUUAAAAAACGGAUUCAAAGAGUUCAUAAGGGUGGAUUAUGAAGAUCAACGGACCAUCGCCACAGGUUUCCCUAUAGACGUGUUCGAAUGGACGAUGAAGAAAUUGCCAUAUAAUGUCUCGUAUGAAUUCAUUCCAUAUAAGGGCGAUCAAGACGAUCCUGUGUACUAUGAUGCCCUAAUUUCUCAAGUAUACUACAAGGUGAGUUGCAGCAGUGCCUGGCAUUUGGAAUUCGAUGCAGUUGUAGGGGAUACCGCUAUAACAGCAAACAGAUCAGAUUUUGUAGACUUUACAUAUGAGUAUAUGGAAGCAGGAGCAUCCUUAAUCGUACCGACUGUGGAUGACGACACCAUGAGUGCUUGGUGGUUCAUGAAGCCGCUAACAACGGAUCUAUGGCUGACCACACUCGCUUUUGCGGUCUUGAAGGGGAUUCUGGUGUGGGUCUUUGAGCAUGAUGAAAAUCCAGAGUUCCAAGACCCAUCUUCAGAGAUGGUUGGGAAGAUCCUCUCCUUCUCCUUCUCUACAUUCGUGUUUGCAAACAGUGAGAAGCUACAAAGCAACUACUCGAGAUUCAUUCUAAACCUGUGGACAUUCCUGGUUUUUGUACUGGUGACAGCUUAUGCUGCAAACCUGACAUCGAUGCUAGCAGUCGAGAAGCUGCAACCGACCGUUACGGACAUAAAGACAUUAAUCAAGAACAAUGAGUAUGUUGGGCUCAGGCCAUACUCCACAGUAGAACAGUACGCCGAAGCAUUGGAAAGAGGAAGCGGCAACAAUGGAGUUUCCGCCAUUAUGGAUGAGAUUCCUUAUAUCAAAGUGUUUCCAAGAGGCUCAGCCAUGGUUCCUGACAUUUCACGUGCAGUUCUCAAUUUAACCCAAGGAUGCUAG